AUGUUACCUUCUUUUCUACUUUCAGAAAAAGCCUUUUCUAUCACCUACGUCAGAAUUCGAUUCCAUUCACCAAGACCAGAAAGUUUUGCCAUUUAUAAACGAAAUGGAAACAACCCCUGGAUCCCUUAUCAAUUUUACAGUGGAUCUUGUGAGAAGACAUAUGGAUUAGCCAGACGUGGAGUGAUAUUAAGAGAUAAUGAGGCAGUGGCUAUUUGUACGGACGAGUUUAGUGAUAUUUCACCACUAACUGGUGGUAGUGUAGCUUUCAGUACUCUAGAAGGUCGACCUAGUGCUUUCCAAUUUGAAGAUAGUCCUAUUUUACAGGAUUGGGUGACAGCCACUGAUAUUAAAAUAGUCCUGACGCGUAUGAAUACAUUUGGUGAUGAAGUAUUCGGUGAUCCUCAAGUCUUACGAUCGUAUUUCUACGCCAUUUCUGAUUUAUCAGUUGGUGCUAGGUGUCAGUGUAAUGGUCAUGCUAAUGAAUGUUACACCUAUUCUCAGGGUAUUGAAGACCAACAGAUCUGUAAAUGUGAACAUAACACCACUGGUUCCAACUGUCAGGAAUGUCUUCCAUUCUUCAACGACCGUCCCUGGUCUAGAGCUUAUGAAACAGAGGCUAAUGAAUGCAGACCUUGUAAUUGUAAUGGUUUAUCCAACCAAUGUUAUUUUGAUGCUGAACUAUACAGACGUACAGGACAUGGCGGCCAUUGUGAAGAUUGCCGUGACAACACUGAUGGUGUGAACUGUGAGAGAUGUCUGGUGAAUCAUUACAGACGUCAACCUGAAAACAGAUGUCGAGACUGUCAGUGUAAUGAAAUUGGAUCUGAGAGUAUGCAGUGUGAUGGAACAGGACAAUGUAGAUGUAAGCCAGGUGUCGCCGGCAGUAAGUGUGACAGAUGUGAAACCAACUAUUAUGAUUUUGGUGCACUUGGAUGCAGACAAUGUUCGUGUUCAGCAGCUGGUAGUUUAGAUGGUGAGUCACGCUGUGAUCCUAGAACUGGUUCCUGUUCAUGUAAGGUCAACGUCGAGGGUCAAAACUGUGAUACCUGUAAACCAGGAUUUUUUGGAUUAAGUGAAAACAAUCCAGCUGGUUGUCUCCCUUGUUUCUGUUAUGGUCAUGCGUCUGUUUGUGAUGUAUCACCUUCAUUCUUCGCUAGAACUAUCUCAACAGACUUUGAAACAGGUAAACAGAGAUGGAAUGCUGUAGAUAGAAGAAAUACAGAAGUAGCUAUACAAUAUAAUGGUAUUCUACAGAAUGUUGGUGUCUCGGCACCAGGAGCUGAUGCUGUUUACUUCAACGCUCCAGCACGAUAUUUGGGAAAUCAACGUUUCAGCUACAACCAACAUCUGAUGUUUAAAUUAAAAAUAGGGGAAGAGACGGCAAGGGCCUCAGUCAUCGAUAUCAUCAUAGAGGGGUCUGGACAGCAGAUCUCGAUACCCAUUUUUGCCCAGGGUAACCCUGUACCCACUAUUAUUAAUCAAGACUAUAAGUUUAGACUGAAGGAUGGUAAACAGUAUCAAUGGGUACCCACGUUAAAACCUCAAGAUUUUAUAACUAUAUUAGCUAAUAUUACUGGUAUUAAAAUAAGAGCUACUUAUAAUGCUGAAGGUGUAGGAUUUAUUGAUGAUAUAAAACUAGAAACAGCAAGACGUGGGUUUGAAGGGGGUGUAGAAGCUUCAUGGGUAGAGAGAUGUACCUGCCCUCUAGGAUAUGUGGGUCAGUUCUGUGAGUCCUGUGCCCCAGGGUACAAACGUGACCCAGCUAACGGUGGACCCUUCUCUAAAUGUGUCCCCUGUCAAUGUAACAACCAUUCUGAUAUCUGUGAUGUCAAUACAGGUAAAUGUAUUUGUCAACAUAAUACAAUGGGAGCCAACUGUGAACGUUGUAAUAAUGGUUUCUAUGGUGAUGCUAGAGGCGGAUCUUCUGAUGAUUGUCAGGCCUGUCCCUGCCCAGGAGGCGGAGCUUGUAUUCAGGCAGCCAAUAAGGAAGUUGUGUGUACUGAUUGUCAAGAUGGAUAUGGAGGUAAUCGAUGUGAAUACUGUACUGAUGGUUACUUUGGUGAUCCUGAAGGUCGCUAUGGUGACAGAAGACAAUGUCAGACAUGUUUCUGUAAUGAAAAUAUUGAUCCUAAUGCUGUCGGAAAUUGCAACAGUACAACAGGAGAAUGUAGAAAAUGUAUCUAUAAUACAGCCGGUUUCUACUGUGAAAAAUGUCUAAUUGGUUACUAUGGUGAAGCCUUGAAAUUACCAAAAGGAGACUGUGAAUCGUGUAAUUGUUUUCAGAAUGGAACAAGAAAGGAUAUAGGUUGUGAUCAGACAACAGGACAGUGUGCUUGUUUACCUCAUGUUAUCGGCCCUCGCUGUGACUCGUUAGAAAUUGGCUUCUGGAAUAUCAACAGUGGAAAUGGAGGAGAACCAUGUGACUGUGAUAGAAUAGGCUCCACCAAUAUCACCUGUAAUCCCUAUACCGGUCAGUGUGAAUGUAAAGUGGGCGUGUCUGGUAGACGUUGUGACACCUGUCAAAGAUAUCACUAUGGUUUCUCUAUGGAAGGCUGUACUGCUUGUGACUGUGCUGCAGAAGGAUCUCUAGAUUAUCAAUGUGAUGAAUAUGGUAACUGUCCCUGUAGAACCAAUGUUGAUGGUAGAAGAUGUGACCGAUGUGCUGAAAAUAAAUUCAACAUCUCUGCUGGCUGUAUUGAUUGUCCCCCUUGUUAUGAUUUGGUACAAGAAAGAGUGAACAUUCAUCGUGGUAAACUGAGAGAUUUGUCUAAUCUGAUUAAUAAUAUUGAGGCCAAUCCAGGACUCUUUAAUGAUACAGAGUUCAUCAACCAUCUAAAAACUGUCAAUAAAUCAGUCAAUGUCUUGUUAAAUGAUGCUCGUGGUGCUUCUACUGGAGAUGGUACUAUUGGUAAACAGCUACAAGAUCUUCGUAAAGCCUUGAACGAUGUCCUGGACAAAUGUGCUAAAAUCUCCAAUAGCAUCAACGUCGCUACUGACGUCUCAAGCCAGAGCUUUACCGAUAUCAAACAAGCAGAGGAGGCUAUCGACAGAGCAGAGACAGCUCUGCGAGCAGCUGAAGACUAUAUAGACAGUGAAGGAAAGAUUGCUCUAGAAAGAGCUCUAGAAGCUUUGGAUAAAUUUGGUAAACAAUCGCAGCAGAUGACUCAAAUUGCUCAGCGUGCUACCAAAGAAUCCACACGCCAAAUGGAAGAUGCUGAAAGAAUUGAGUUGAUGGCUAAAGAAGCUCAGAAUACAUCACGAGAAGCUUUAAGAUUGGCUCAAGAAGCUUUCUCUCAACCUGAUAAAACAUCUAGAGAAAUACAACUAUUGAAUCAAGACCAUGACAAUGCGGACAGAUUGUACAGUCAAACGGAAGUUAUCGCUGAACGAACACAGAUCCUGGCUAAAGAAGCUCAUGAUGAUGCUAUCAGCCUGUAUUCUGAAGCCCAGAGACAGGUUCCUAAAGUUGACGUGGAUCAGCUGAUAAAUGAUGUAGAUCAGAUCAAGGAGGAGGCUGGAAAAAUCAAAUCGGAAGCAGAGCGUCUGUUGGAACAAAAUGAACAGUUACUGAAGGAUGUAGCAGAGAAACAAGGCAGUGCUGAAACUAAACUGGAUGAUGGGGUCCGACUUCAACAGAGAGCUGAUGAGCUCCUUGCUGAAGUAGAUGCUGCCAGAGCCACAGCGCGUAAUGCUGUUGAUCUGGGAGAGAAGACCUUAAAGGAAGCUAAUGAGACCCUUGCAACCCUUAAAGGAUUUGAUGAAUUGGUACAAGAGAGUAAAGGUAAAGCUAAUGAUGCUCUGACCAAAAUACCCGAUAUUGAGAGGACCAUCAAAGAAGCUGAAGACACUACAAAAGAAGCUCAAAAUGCGCUCAGUGGAGCUGAAUUAGACGCUCAAGAAGCUUACAGAUUGGCUCAAGAAGCUCAAUCCACUGCUGAAGAUGCUUCUGAGGAGGCCAGUAGAAUCCGAAAUGAGUCCAACCAGACUAAAGACAAGGCCAUUGGAUUAAAGGAAGAAGCUGAUGAUUUGGCUGAUGAUGUUUCCAAUGCUGAUGCCAGACUCAAGGACUUGGAAACUCAGGCUGAUGAGGAUUCAUCUCUCUCUAAGGAGGCGUUAGAGAAUGCUAACACUGCCAAAUUGACAGCAGAGGAAGCCUCUGAUAAGGUUGCUAAAGCUUUACAAACAGUAGAAAAUAUCAUCAGAAUACUUGGUUCAUUGGAUUCUGCCAACCCAGGAGAACUAGAUCAACUCGAACAAGACUUGAACAACAUUGAAAAGGACUUGAACGACACGAACAUUGAACAGGAAUUCACUCAACUGAACGCAGCGAACGAACAAAUAAAGCGCAGUGCUCGAAAAUACUCUGAAGAUUAUUCUCAGCUUGAAAAAGACGUGAAUAAUAUAGAAGAUAUCAAAAACUCUCUGCCAGAUCAGUGUUUUAAAAGUAUUGAAAUAGAAUCACCCGCAGCUGGCGGUCGAUAACGUUUUUAAUACCCUCGUUCAGUAUUCUCUUUUUUUUAAAUUUUUUUAAUUUAUCAUUUACUCAUGUGCCACAUUUUUUAAAGAACAAAAUUUGUCCUUUUUUGUUUUUGUCAAUUCAUUUUCUUCAAAAUACAACCAUUUUUUUUAUAUGAAAUUUCAAAUUUUUCAUUACAUUACAUUACGAUGUCCAUGUAAAAUUGGUUCAUGGAUUUGUAUCAAGGUGUCAGUUUACAUGAUGGCCGAGAUAUGAAAGGAGAAUAGACUUCGAAGGCUACAUUGAAAGGGUUGAAAAGAUUUUUAUAGUGGUCGGAAAGAUUUUGAUAGUGUUCAACAAUAUUUUUAGAAGUUUCGAAAGAUUCUGAUAUGUCGAGAAGAUUUGUUAUUAUGGUUGAAAAGAUUAUGAUAGGUUUGGAAAGAUUUUGAACUGUCAACAAGAUUAUUGCAGGGUUGAAAAGAUUAUGAUAGGUUUGGAAAGAUUUUGAUACUGUCAACAAGAUUAUUGCAGGGUUGAAAAGACAUUGAUAGGUUUGGAAAGAUUUUGAUACUGUCAACAAGAUUAUUAUAGGGUUGAAAAGACAUUGAUAGGUUUGGAAAGAUUUUGAAACUGUCAACAAGAUUAUUGCAGGGUUGAAAAGACAUUGAUAGGUUUGGAAAGAUUUUGAUACUGUCAACAAGAUUAUUAUAGGGUUGAAAAUAUUUUGAUAGGGUAGGAAAGAUUUUUAUACCUCAAAAGGAUAUGGUAUGUGGAUUACUGAUAUUGAAUUUCUACAAGUUCGUAAAAAGGGUUUUUUUCUAUCUUUGAGAUUUGGUUAAACUUAUUUAAGAAUUCUGUUGAUAUUAUUGAUUCUGAUAUUAUAAAGUAUAGGGCUAUAACAGUGAUGUAACUUUAUGUUGUGUUUUUAGAAAAUUUCAUUUCAUCAUUUUCAUCCUAAAUGUUAUAACAAUACAUCAUACGGCAAAAUCUGAGGGUGGAAAAUCCUGAAUUUUACAAAAGUUUUUGGGACACAAGUUGAAAGCUUUCACCAGACAGACUUUUGGAAGCAUAUGCCAUACUGACUGACUGAGCUAUUUCACUGUUACUUUUUGAAGAUUUUGUGGAUUUUUGGCUUUAUGGACAUUACAUUGCCCUCCAGUUUGUCAAUGCCAAAAGUUAUCGGAACUGCUGGAGACAGUGCCAGUUAAAACUCUGUUGUCCUGUUUUGAUAUCCUACGGUGUUAUUUUCCAUCUGAAAAUUUUGUCAGUCUGUAAGAUUGUGUAUGAUAGUAAAUACAAUAUACAAACUACCUAUAAAUUAUUAUGGUAUCGUAGAGUUACUAAAUAUAGAUUAAACCAGAUAUUAGCCUAGCUGUGUACAUAACUUAUCUCAUUUUCCUAUCCUGUUUGGAAUUCCGAAUUUUUUAGGGGUUACUGGUUUCCUGUGCAGUUUUAUCAAUGGUUAAAGGAGUUUUAAUAUGUAAUUAACUGUGCCUUUAGGUCUAGGUUUUGAUAUAGGUCCAUUUACAAGGGUCUUUUCAGUGUUAUCAUGUACUUAAACGUGACAAAAUUUCCCUAAUUGCACACUGUACCACAUUGAUCACCAAUAUGGAGCGGAAGAUGACCAGGCCAUUUUCUUCAAAAGCCAAAAAGAUUCUGAAUUCUAAACUGGAUAUGAUUUAUGUGUUUUAAUAUUGUAGAACUCUUAUAAGUAGAAAACUGGACAGUGGCAAAAUACCCGAAACGUUGAUAUUUUUAUCUAGUCCCAAAAUGAUAAUAUUAGUAUGAGUAGAUUUUUUGGGCAUUCAUGUUUUGGAAAGUAGUUCAGGUUAGCGAGGAAAUGAGUCUAAAGUUUAAAUUUUUUGAAUUUGAUUGGUCUCUUAUUUGAAAAAAUAUUUUUGCUUUGUAAAGGGAUCCAUAGAAUGGAAUAAAAUUUCUUAGAAAUAUGUGAACACUGUAGAGCAAGCAAAAUUGACAUACUCAAGGGUGAAAAGGAAUUGUGUUCUCAAUGAAGUAAUGCUCAUUUUCAUUGCUAAUUUGUUUUAUACUUUCCAAGCCUUAAAAAAACCCUAGUGUACAGAAUUGAGACCCCUCUCCCCUACUCCACUAACUUUGCCCCCCUUGUAUAACUUACAACGCAUAAUAUGUCACGUUUUGUCAAAUAUUCACCCAUUUUUACACUUUCUACAUUGUUUUGAUAAAUUUUCCCAAAAUUUUGUUUUGAAAAGAUAGAUUCUCCUCUUUAGAAAUUAGCAGAAUGAAAUAUUAUGUUUUGAAAGGUUUUUAAUAUUAUUUAGCAUUUUAAUUUGAGCCAUUUGAAUGUUACAGAAGACAACUUUGUGGCUUAGGGUGCAUUUUGAACCUUAGAUGCACCAGUUUUUGUAGCUGCCCUAAUUCAUACUAUGGAAUUUAUGCAAAAAAUUUCAUGAAAUAGUGUCCAAUGUAAAAUUUCAUUGAGUAAAAAGUUCUACAACAGUAAGAUCUAAAAUUCCACUUAAUGUCAUUUGUUGGAAGAAUAUAGAUUAUUUUAUUUCUGAGGGGAAUCUACCUUUAAAUCUAUUGCUCAAAAUUAUGCUCUUGAAAUCAUCUCUUCAUGUGUUAUUAUUGUAAAAUGUAGAACUGGGUGAUUUCAAUGUUUUUAUGUGGAUCUGAUAUUUUGUAAUUUGAUAUUUUUGUCAUGUAAUUAUUAAUCAUCAAUGAGAUAUUAUCAAAAUUUAGACCUUUUCUGUGUUUCGACCUUAGAGGCUAUGUUCAAUUGGCUGUUCUGGACAGAUGCCUUGUGGGUUUGAUUGGUUGUUCUGGACUGCACACUCAAUUCACAAUUCCAUUUGAUUGCUGGUCUUGGCAGAAGUGCUGUUUCAUUCUAUGUCCUUGACUGCACACUCUUUACAGCUGCACAAUAUGGAGUCGGGUUUGGUUGGCGGUGCAAGACAGAUGCACAGUGUGUUUGAUUGUUUGUUCUGGACUGCACACUCAAACCUAUGUAUUUGAUUGACUGCACAAUCUCUGGAGAGAACACCAGGACUCACACAAGUGCGACAUCAAAUGCAUUAGUGUGGAACGAAAAUUGCCAAACCGUUUUCUUCUCUGUUCAGAACUGUUGGCCAUUCACAAUCAAAAAUUCAAAUUCUGAGAGGUCCACAAACUAUAUAGCUUAAUGGUGCUAUAAAUAAUAUAGCUUUUUGUAAUAUAGACAAUUAAUAAAUAUUUUACAGUAACAUAUUAUGUUGUGUUAAGUUAUUGUUGAUUUGAAUGUUUUCGUAUCAGCCUGUUAGGUAAGUAAGCAGUUCCUUAGUAACAAGCACAUGCUUAUGUCAAUCUAACUAAUAACUAACAAAAAUUUCACAAAUUUCCACUUUUUUAUUUAUGGGUUCUAUUAGUUUCUCACUUAAGUACUUAUUUGUAUGUUUCAACCAGUUCUGUCUGACUGCAUUUAAAUACUUAAAACUCAUAAAAAAAAUCCCACAAAUUUCAACAUUUUCAGAUAAGGACUCUUGUUGGCCAGAUUUAGCCAUCCAUGUCUGAUUGCAUUUAAAAAAACAGGUAUCCAAUAACAAAAAAACAAAAUACUUUUAAUUUCUCAUGGAAAGUCAAAAUCUUAGAAAAUUCAAGAAAUUUUAAUUUUUUCACAGAUUGUUUCUCCAUAUUUAAAAAAAACAGAUUGUCAUAAACAACAAUAUUCUUAAGAGUAUUCAACAAAGUUAAAAUCCACAAAUUUCAAGAAUUUUUCACUGAUUUUAAGCGUUGUUUUAGAUCCUCCCGUUGUUGUAAUAACUGUUCCAUUUUUAAUUGGUUCAUUUU